UGUGCCAAGUAUUUUACUUACAUUAACCUAUUUAUUCUUCCCAAACCUAGGAAAUAACUAUAAUUAUCUCCAUUUUACGGUUGAGGAAAUCAAGGUGCAGAGACGUUCAGGGGCAUUUAGUCAGUGGUGGAGAUGGGAUUGGAUUCCAAGUCUUCUGGCUGCAAAUCCCAUGCUCUUAUUCAGUCUGUUAUACUGCAUCAAAAUUUUAGGUGGGUGUUCACAAGAAUUGUCUUCAGUCAUGGCCUUGGGUUUAAGGUGCUUCCGCUUGGUCCACCCUGCCUUUUGCAACUCCCUUGCAACCUUGACCAGACCUGUUUCAGAAGUUACACUGAAGACAGUGAGUGGAAGACAGAAUGACCACGGGCAAUACCUGGCCUAUCCAGCUGUACCAGUCCGUCAUUUCGCUACCAAGAAAGCCAAAGCCAAAGGGAAAGGACAGUCCCAAACCAGAAUGAAUCUUAACACUACCUUGGUUGAGGAUAUAAUCAGCUUGGAAGAGGUGGAUGAAGAAAUGAAGUCGGUGAUAGAAGCGCUCAAGGAUAAUUUCAAUAAGAAUGUCAAUAUAAGGACCUCACCAGGAUCCCUUGAUCAUAUCACUGUGGUAACUGCUGAUGGGAAGCUUGCUCUAAACCAGAUUGGCCAGAUCUCCAUGAAGUCGCCACAGCUGAUUUUGGUGAAUAUGGCCAGCUUCCCAGAGUGUACAGCUGCAGCUAUCAAGGCUAUAAGAGAAAGUGGAAUGAAUCUGAACCCAGAAGUGGAAGAGACGCUAAUUCGGGUACCCAUUCCCAAAGUAACCAGGGAGCACAGGGAAAUGCUGGUGAAACUGGCUAAACAGAACACCAACAAGGCCAAAGACUCUUUACGGAAGGUUCGUACCAACGCAAUGAAUAAGCUGAAGAAGUCGAAGGACAAGGCCUCGGAGGACACCAUUAGGCUCAUAGAGAAACAGAUCAGCCAAAUGGCCAAUGACACAGUUGCAGAGCUGGACAGACAUCUGGCAGUGAAAACCAAAGAACUCCUUGGAUGAAAAUCCCCCAGGGGCCAGCAGUACUCCCAAGCCCAGUUUCUAGUGGAUCCCAUGGGUGGCAAAUUGGCACCUCUCUACCCCAUCCACACGGAAGGCUGUCACCAUACACUUGUCAGUCCUUGGAAAGCCCAGCCUUCCAGUGAGACACUGUUGAUUCUCUUCCUCCUGUCCCCUGUCCACCCCAUCUGCUCUGGACCUUCUGGCCUGGGUGGCCCUCAGAGAGUCUCUGUUGCUGACAGAGGGCCUUUACUUGGGUCAUUUGCCUUGACUGUGACGUCCCCGAGCUGUCAGGACCAUUGGCAGGCUUAGCACUGCCUGCUCCUCAUCUUGGUAGCCUCCUUUUCGUACAAUUAGUCAGGCCCUGUCCCCACCUUUGAACUCUGCUUGGGACAACGUGGGCCUUCACCUGUGCCUGGAUACCUUUGCUAGAGGCCCAUUUCCACCAAACAAUAAAAUCUAAAUAAAUUGAUUGGAAAGAAUAACAACUGCAAAGGAAA